ACACUGCGCUCGACCUUGGCGCCAAGGCCCGCCCGCGUGGACGCGAGGGAGUUCCGUCGCUCUCCUCAUCGGCCAGCGCGGUUGGCGGAUGGCGGACUGCCCCGGUUUGCAUGUGCUUCCUGCUGCUCGCGGCCACCCACGUCAUCGCAGCUCAACUCUAUCGAACCUCCGCUCGUUCUGCUCCGUCUCUGCUCCGUACGUGCAGAUGCCUCCGCCCAACCCCACAUCGACUCCCCCGCAUCUUGCCCCAGCUUUACACUUGCCGAGCGUGGGGCCAGCCGCCGGUAUCGCUCAAGAGCACUGUCGCGCUCGCGCAACAAGUCUACAUACCCGCUCAAGGGCCCGUGUCCAGGCCUCAGUGUAAUGCGGAGAGCAGCUAUGCACACGCCACUCCUACCUAUACCUUCGGAGAAUUUUCCUUCACCCAGACAGAGACUGUGCGGACCGCUACCCCUCUCCCGUCUCCGACAACUACUGCCACCUACGCGCUUCCUUAUGAGUCGCUGAGCCAUCUUGUUUCCUCUAUGACCACGACAACAUGGGGCAACUGGGACCCCAAUGCCACUGUAAAGGCCACCGACACCGCUGAUCCUUAUGGGAAUGCUGCCUGGUCUGCCAUCUGGGAGCGAGCGAACCUCCCAAACUUCACCUACAGAGGUCUCUACAGUUCCACGGUCUCCCCGACGCCUGUUCCCACUAGCGAGCUGGUUUAUCCACCUCCAGACUACUUUGGCCCUCAAGACUGCUACUAUUUCCCUGAAGACUUCAUGUUCGGCGUGGCAGGCUCGGCCUCUCAGAUCGAAGGAGCCAUCGCGGACGAAGGGCGGACUCCAGUCUUGAUGGAAACCUUCAGCUCGGGUGCACGCGACUAUGUCGCAAACGAGAACUAUUACCUGUACAAGCAAGACAUUGAGCGUCUGGCUUCCAUAGGUGUCAAGUACUACUCGUUUUCCAUACCGUGGACACGCAUCAUGCCCUUUGUUUUUGAGGGGACGCCGAUCAACAAACACGGCAUUGACCACUACGACGAUCUGAUCAACUUUGUCCUGGAAAAAGGCAUGGUGCCAACAGUCACUCUUCUCCACUUUGACACUCCCCUUCAAUUUUACGGAAACAUGAGUGAAGCGGGCGGUAAAGGUUUGAUCGGCAACACCGACGGGGCCUACGGAAAUGAGACCUUUGAGGACGCGUUCGUCAACUAUGGCAAGAUCGUCAUGACGCAUUACGCCGACAGGGUACCCGUGUGGUUCACGUUCAACGAGCCCAUCCUGUACUCCAGCAACGGCAAGAGCAUCAACGGAGUCGUCAAGGCUCACGCCCGGCUGUAUCAUUUUUAUCACGACGUUAUCAACGGCACCGGCAAGGUAGGUUUGAAGUUCAACGACAACUUUGGCGUGCCGCAAGACCCGCAAGAUGCUUCACAUGUGGAGGCGGCGAAUCAUUUCAACUCGUUCCAGAUAGGCACGUUUGCCAACCCGAUCAAUCUGGGCAUCGAUUACCCUGAGUCCUUCAAGCAGACGAUCCCGGACUACGUACCAUUGACCGCGGAGGAUCUGGCCUACAUCAACGGAACAGCUGACUUCGUAGGCCUCGACCCAUACACCGCGACAGUCAUCACGCCUCCCCCCAACGGCAUCGCCGCCUGCGCAGCCAACACCUCAGAUCCGCUCUUCCCGUACUGCGUGCAGCAGCUCACAAACACGACGACCGGCUGGGCGAUUGGCUACCGCAGCCAGUCGUACGCGUACAUCACGCCGACGUACCUGCGCACCUACCUGAACUGGGUGUGGAACACGUUCCGCUCGCCAGUGCUGAUCACCGAGUUCGGGUUCCCGGUCUUCGACGAGGCGCAGCGCGAGCUGCCGGACCAGCUGUUCGACUCGCCGCGCAGCGCGUACUACCAGAGCUUUAUGAGCGAGGUGCUGAAGAGCAUUUGGGAGGAUGGCGUGCAUGUGCUUGGGGCGUUUGCUUGGUCUUUUGCCGAUAACUGGGAGUUCGGCGACUAUGACUCGCAUUUUGGCAUCCAGACGGUGAAUCGCACGACGCAGCAGCGCCGGUACAAGAAGAGCUUUUUUGACUUGGUGGAUUUUGUGCAGGCGCGGACGGCCCCGGGUCGGGGGUGAGUGGGGCUGUGGGAAGCGGUUGUUGUGGCGGGCGUCUUUGUUGGAGGAGAUGAAAUGGAAAGGGAGUUUAUGUAGCGUAACCCCGCUAUAAAUGUAAUUCAUGAUUAAUGUCAUUGCCUUUUUUUUUUUCCUUUUU